AUGCAAGCCGCCGUGGAAUCAUUUAUCCCAUCACUAAAGGUAGCGUUUCCUCCAAGUUCAUGGCUUGCAUUGCUGCCAUCCCCGUCUACCGCCUCCCCAACAAUUCCACCCUCAGCGUCGAAGUACCCUUUCACCAUCUCCGAGUCCCUCUACACCGCUUUUCUCGAUCCCAGGGUGCCAUUAUCGAUUGCGGCAGCCUAUGCCGCCGCCGUGCACCUUCUCAAUUCUCGAUGCAACGGGAAACCAUAUUGCAUUGCUACGACACGGAUCUUCAAGGCGUUUGUACUGCUUCACAACCUCCUCCUAGCUGUUUACUCACUAUGGACAUUCAUCGGCAUGGCCGGCGCCAUCCACCGAUCAAUAGUGACUUCUAGGGGAGUUCCGGGAGUGGUUGAGUCAUUGUGCAAGAUUAGACCCGAGACCAGAUUCGAGGGUGUGGAAAUCAGAGAAAUGGAAGGGGGUGUUGGACUCUGGGAGGAAGGAUUAGCAUUUUACGGAUGGCUCUUCUACUUGAGCAAGUUUUAUGAGGUCCUGGAUACUGCCAUCAUCAUUGCGAAGGGAAAGAAGAGUAGUCUUUUGCAAACCUAUCAUCACGCCGGGGCCAUGAUCUGUAUGUGGGCUGGAAUAAGAUUCAUGUCACCACCUAUCUGGGUCUUCUGCAUCUUCAACUCACUGAUUCAUACCCUCAUGUACUUCUACUACACCCUCUCCACCGUCCGCAUCCCCGUCCCGAAUGCCCUCAAGCGCAGCCUUACCUCCCUCCAAAUCACCCAAUUCGUCGUUGGCGGUUCACUCGCUGCUUUGCACCUCUUUGUCUACUUCACUCCUACCACUUACCUCCCCGGUUCCGUAACUGAGGUUGUUCCAUCCUCCUCAGCCUCUGCUUCCGUUUCCCGUCAUGGAAUGCCGGUGGAUGUCAAGGCACCCGGAAUGGUUCACUGUCUCUCGAACCCUGGAGAAGUCUGGGCCGUGGUUGCCAAUGUCGUUUACCUCACACCAUUGACCUACCUUUUCGUCAGUUUCUUCGUUGAAUCCUACACCAAGGGUGGAAAGACCAAAAGAGCUGCGAAGGCCGCUGCUCCCACCGAGAAGCCGGCUCGGUGAAACGCUCAGAAACCACCGAUACGCCUGGACGAGAUCAAAUGAAACUGAUGAAGAAAUUUUUUUUUUUAACGGAUGGACGAAUCUAGAUGGGCAUGUUACGGAUAGGGAAGGUUCUAUGUGUUAUAAGAGCAUUGGUGGGGGAAAACAAAACCCCUCCUCGCAAUUUCUGUGGAGGGGUGAGGAACUGUAUAUGAUAGUUAUCCUUUCUCUUUACUUUUUCAUCAUUCUUUCUUUUUUAAAAAAGUCAAUGGAGUUUUGCUUUUUACGAAUAUA